GACAUCCAUUCCAUUAAUUGUAACACAAAUUAAUAGAGCUAGGCUUUGACAUAACAAUGAGAAGGAGCUACAUCGAACCUUCAAUGGAGAAGCAAGAAGGUGUAUUUUCAUCAGAUUAUAAGCAAAGUGAGGAUAGCACCAAGAUGAAAAACCCUUCAACUUCAUCAUAUGAUAAGGCAAAGAAGGAAGAGGAUUAUGUAGAGACAAAUAAGAAGAAGCUAGAGAGGAAGCCUACCGAAGACAUCAACGCCAGUGCUGAUGCUUUCAUCAAGAAUUUCAGGCAACAACUCAUUAUUCAAAGGCUCCAAUCCAUUGAAAAUUAUGAGAAAAUGCUCGCAAGGGGCCUCUAGCACUAUCACAAAGCUUCUUAAUUAUUAUAUACUAUUUAAUUUAUGCCGAUUAUUAUAUCAUAUAAGCUUGGUGUAUGCAUUAAUUAUUUCUAUAUAGCUUGAUUUGCUCUUUCCUACCUAUUCCCUACUUUAGUAAUUAGUGUAGAAGCAUAAAUAUAUACUCCCUCCUAUAUGAAAUAUAAGGGAAACUGAAUAAAUAUAUUUAGUUGA